AUGAAUGCUUUCUUUGCGGGGAUCAAAGACGCAUAUGAAGAGUUGAAGGGAGACUCUUCCAUUCCGAGACUCGAAGACGAUCCGUACGAUAAUGGUAUGUUGACUGAUCACUCAUCGAAUCGUACUUUAGCAUUCAGAAGAAAAUCAGAAAGUUGAUGUGUGGGGAACCGUCAAUGAGAAACUGCUAAUCUUUGUGCAUGGCGGAUAUUGGGCGGUGUGUACACUCAGUGGUGACGUCAUUAUCAUAAAUGUUGCAGGCAGGAACCAGAAAAGACUGUCUCCCUCCGGCUAAAUGCGUAUUAGCACACGGUUUUGCAUUCGCAUCAGUUGGUUACGGUCUCUCAACUGAGGGUCGAACAAUUGAUGAAACCGCAGAAGACGUGGUCCGUGGAGUCAAGUUCUUGUUGAACAAAUACCUGAGUGCGCGUACGGUAAUCGUGGGCGGCCACUCCGCCGGUGCUCAUUUGGCAGUUCAAGGUACUUUCUUUGACUUUAUGCUGUUUUUUCCAGUUUUCAGCCGUGGUACGUCUCCGAGAUGAAAGAAUCCGUGGAUUGCUGCUUUAUUCCGGUUGUUACUUCCUGAAAGAACUGGUGACUUCUGAAAUCGGAACAGACAUCAGGUAUCAUGCAUUUUUGAAAGUUUUUGUGCAUUUUAGAAUGUUUGCAGUCUGACUCCUGAGCAAGCCACACGGAACAGUUGUGACUUGUCUCUUAUGAAUGGUCUCAGCUUGAAAACUCUGGUAGUUUUGGGUCUUCAAGAAGCUCCAAAGCUCAUCGAGCAGAACCGAGAGUUCGUGAAGCAACGGAAAGAAGCUAUUAUUGCGGUAAGAAAAACUUUCGAAGCAUCAAAUUCAUGACAAGUUUUCAGGAAUUCCCUUCCGGCUCUCAUUACACAAUAAUUACGAACAUGAUGAGUGCUUCAUCUGGAGAAAGUUUGACAGUCGCCAGGUUUUUGAAUGACUUUUGA